GCGCGAAGGCCGGCGGCGGGCGGUGGCCGCAGUUCCCGGCCCUCGCUGGCUCCGGCGGUCGCUCUGCAGCAUGGCCGGCCUGGGGCGGCCGGGCCCGGGAUCCCGCACCGCGAUGCCCGCCUGGAAGCGAGAGAUCCUGGAGCGGAAGCGGGCCAAACUGGCGGCUUUGGGUGGGGGCGCGGCGCCGGGCGCCGGGGCGGGCGCGGCGGAGCCCCCGGGGCCGGCGGCCGAGCGGCUGGUGCUGGCCGAGAGCCUGGGCCCGCUCCGCGAGAACCCGUUCAUGCGGCUCGAGUCGGAGCGGCGGCGUGGAGCGCGGUACGGCGGGGGCGCGGGCGUGGCGGGGCAGGGGGCGCGGCAGGCGCCGCCGCUGCUGGAGCUGUACCGCUGCGUGCCUGGCGUGCGCACCAUCCGCGCCGACAACAUCCUCAUCAUCGAGUCGGCGCCCGGCUUCCCGCCGGCUCCUGCGCCCGAGCCCGGCCCCGGCCCGGGCCCGGCUGCCCGCAUCCGCGCCGCCGAGGUGCUCGUGUACGAGGCGCCGCCGCCUCCCGGUCGCGUCAGUCGCCUGCUCCAGAAGUUCGACCCGCCGGCCGCGCCGUGCCGCCGCGGGAGCCCAGAGCGCGGCCGCCCAGCGCCGCCGCCCUCCCCUGGCCGGUCCGUCCCGCGCGUGGGCGAGCGCACCGCCUGCUUCAAGCCGGAGCCCGAGCGCAGCGGCUCAAGCCCUGGCCCCGGACCCCGGCGCAGCGACUUCCUGCACAAGACCGGCAGCAACUCCUUCACUGUCCAUCCGCGGGGCCUGAGCCACAGCGCAGGCACUCGCCCACUCCCCAACGGGCCCGCGGCCCCCGAUCCCCGGGCUGGCGCUGCCAACGGCCUGGCGGGCUCUGCGCCUGGGCCGGGUGAACGGAAGCCAAAGGUGGAGGUGGCGGAGGCCCCUUCCCACCCGCCCCUCAGCCCCGGGACCCCCAGUGCCAGUCCAGCCGCACCCCUGGCCUUGCCCACUCUCAGCCCUGCCAGUGCCACUCCCAGCCAGCGCCAGUGGGUCUCUGCGGCCACCAGCGCCAACGACUCCUUCGAGAUACGGCCAGCCUCCAAGCCCGACAUGGACACCAUCCCCUCUGAGGACCUUCAGGCCCGGGCCCUGGCCAACCUUCGCAUGAACUCUGGAAACUCUUUCGUGUUCAUCCCCAAGCGCAAGGCCUCUGGGACCCCCCCUGCGGAAGGGAGGCAGUCCGUGGGGCCUCCGGAGGGAGAAGCUGGCUGGGCUUCCCUGCGGCACCAGGAGCGUGAAGCCCAGCUGGUGCCUGGAGCGGAUGGUGUGUGUGCCGGUGGGAGGAGCCCUUUGGGAGUCGAGCAGGGGGGCUGCCCUAGGCCAGCCACUGCCCUUGUGGACCAGGCCGUUAGGUGCCAGCGGCCCUCCUCCCCACCACCGUCUCCACUGGCUGCCACUGAAGCUGAGCCUGCCCAGGGCUUCAGGGUUCCCAGCUUGGCCAAGAAUGGCAGGGAGUCUGGGCGGCCAGGGCUGCCAGUCACCUUCAUUGAUGAGGUGGACUCGGAGGACGAGGCCCCCCAAGAAGCCAAACUGCCCUGCUCUGGGGCCAGUGUGCCUCCCCAGUGUCACCCGCAUCCCUCUGGGCCCGGGCACCUGGCAGAACUCCAGCACCGAAGUGGCAACACCUUCACAGUGGUGCCGAAGAGGAAGCCUGUGGCCCUGCAGGCCAAUGGGGAGGCCAGGCCAAGGGAGGCCGAGGAAGAGGGGUCGGGUGGCCUUUCAGAGCCCCCUGCUGCCCUGGGACCCUCCCUGAAGAAGCGCUACCCAACCGUGCACGAGAUCGAGGUGAUUGGUGGUUAUCUGGCUCUGCAGAAGUCCUGCCUCACCAAGGCUGGCUCCUCGAGAAAGAAGAUGAAGAUCUCCUUCAACGACAAGAGUCUGCAGACCACGUUCGAGUACCCGGCCGAGGGCUCCCUGCAGGAGGAGGAGGCCGAGGCGGAGGAGAGGGAGGCCGAGGCGGAGGACGACGAGGACGAGGACGAGGAGGAGGGCCCCGGCCCCGGCCCCGGCCCUGGCGGGGCAGCCGAGAAGCCCUUUGUGCUCUUCCUGCCCCGCGCCUCGUUGGUGAGCAGCGCGGGGCCCGAGAGCCCUCGGCUGCCGGCCGGCCGCUCAGGCCUGUCCCACUACACGCCGAAGCACUCCGUGGCCUUGAGCAAGUGGCAGGAGCCGGCGGUGGCAGCGGCGAGCACGGUGGAGCCCCCGGGCCCGGAGGUCAUGCUCACCCCCGCCAGUCCCAGCGACCUCUCCGACUUCCGAAGCGAGCCAGCCCUCUACUUCUGACCCGGCCCUUCCAGGACGCCUCCCACGGCCGUUCCCCGCCCUGGGGCCUCACCGGCGGGCCGGCCCUCGGCCUGGCCCAGGGCGCCCGGGGCUGCCUGUGGCCGCUGCUGCGUGUGUGUGUGUGUGUCGUCGGGGCUGACAGGAGGCUGAAUCCCGCCACCUCCCCCGUCGGCCACUCCCUUUGUGAUGAAUGGGAGUCUCUCUUCUGCCCGAUGAUGGACUCAAUAAACAGCAUUGGGUGAGGCUG